AUUGAAAAUCUUUUUUCUUUUCUUUUCUUCAUAGUUACUUCUUUUUUAUAUUUUCUUCUUAUGGUCCUUUCCAUCAUGGAUUCCAUGUCUUCUCUUCCCUAUCUUUUCAUAGAUAGAUAGAGUAAAAGAAGAACAAACACGCUUUGCAUGUUUUUGACUCUCACACGUUAUAGUUAAUAAUAAGAUCUUAAUAUCAUCAAGGACCAAGGGAAAACCAAACAAACAUUACAAAGAAAAAAAUGUUGCAGAGAGCAGCUAGCAAUGCAUAUUCAUGGUGGUGGGCUAGUCACGUCAGAACAAAGCAAUCAAAAUGGAUGGAGCAAAACCUUCAAGAUAUGGAGGAAAAGGUGCAGAGUGCUAUAAAACUCAUAGAGGAAGAUGGGGACUCAUUUGCAAAGAGAGCUGAAAUGUAUUACAAAAAGAGACCAGAGCUAAUAAGCUUUGUCGAAGAAACAUACAAAGCUUACCGAGCUUUAGCCGAACGAUACGAUCAUAUAUCAAAAGAGUUGCAGAAUGCCAACACCACCAUUGCUUCUGCCUUUCCGGAUCGAGUCCCGUUUAUGGAUGAAGAAGAUGACGAUGGAUCACCGAGAACUCCAAGAAGAAUACCAGAAGGGUUCAAAACAAACAUCCCAAAUCCUCCACUUAAAGACUUAAAAAACGUAGUAACAGCAGCCACAAAGAAAUUCAACGCCAAAAAGAUUGCCUCAGCGGCAGCUACUUCUGAAGUUCCUAAAUCUGGAUUGAGCAGAAAGGAAGCACUUGAAGAGGUUAGCAAGCUACAGAAACAGAUUUUAUCUCUACAAACGGUGAAGGAGUUCGUGAAAAGCUCGUAUGAUAAUUCCAUUGCUAGGUACUGGGAAACUGAAGAUAAGAUCAAGGAAUUACAAGAGAAAGUUUCUGUUCUGCAAGAUGAACUCGGAGAAGGUAUCGUUAUCGAAGACGAUGAAGCGCGCCGUUUGAUGGCAGAAGCUGCUCUUAAAUCAUGCCAAGAGGCAAUAGAACAAUUGCAAGAGAAACAGGAAAGGUCAGUUGAUGAAACCAAAAUUGAAUCCAAAAGGAUAAAAGAUGCCAAGGCCAAAUUAGGCUCUCUCAUGAAUGAGUUCGAAUAUGAUCAGAGCAAAUCCAAAGAGCCAAGGGUCAAAAGAGAUGUAAAAAGUGUAGAGGAGAGAAAGGACCUGGAAGAAGAUGAGGGUCAAUUGACUCAACAGAUACAGGACUUGCAGUUGUUACAGGAGACUGUAAAAGUGCGCUUUGAGGCUAGCUCCAAUUCCUCUCUUGCUGCGACAGAAAUGGCCGAGAAGAUUGAUGAGCUUGUGAACAAAGUGAUUAUCUUGGAAACUGCAGUUUCAUCUCAGACAGCUCUAGUAUAUGGUUUGAGAACAGAAACUGAUGAACUUCAAGGCCAUAUUCAAACUCUAGAAGAUGAUAAAGAAAGUCUGAUAAAAGAUAAAAAUAAACUGAACGAUCAACUGAGAGAAAUGGAACAAAAGAUGCUUGCAGUACAAGAUUUAAACCAAACUGUUGAAGAUCAGAAUAGCAACCUCCAAACUCAUUUCACCGAAGCACGUUGCAAUAUUAAUCGCCUCUCAGUGGAAGUCCAAAGUGUGCAGCCAAGUGAGGAGGUUAAGGUUCCAGAUUCAUCACAGAUACAAAAGAAUUCAUCAGGCGAGGCUGAUUCAAAACAUGAAGCUGAAGGGAAAGUUCCAUUGAAUCAAGACAAUGUCUUGAUGAAUGAUGAAAAUAAGUCAGAAAAGGAACAUACUGGUUUGUUAGAAGAUGCAUUAAAUUCGGAUAAAGAGCAGCCAAAUGAAGAGGUUAAGGUUGCAGGUUCAUCGGAGAUACAAAAGAAUUCAUCAGGCCAAGCUGAAUCAAAACAUGAACCUGAAGGAAAAGUUCCUUUGAAUCAAGACAAUGCCUUGCUGAAUGAUGUAACGAAGUCAGAAAAGGAACAAAAUGGUUUGUUAGAAGAUGCAAUAAAUUCAGAUGAAAAGCAGCCAAAUGAGGAGGUUAAGGUUGCAGAUUCAUUGGAGAUACAAAAGAAUUCAUCAGGCCAGACUGAAUCAAAACAUGAACCUGAAGGAGAAAUUCCAUUGCAUCAAGAAGACAAUGUCUUGCUGAAUGAUGUAAAGAAGUCAGAAAAGGAACAUACUGGUUUGUUAGAAGAUGCAGUAAAUUCAGGUGAGGAGCUUAACAUUGCCAAUAACAUAGAAGAUAAGGUAACAUCGGAUACCAAGUUCAAGGUAACUGAUUCACCACAAAAUGGUGUACAGCAACAACCAAGCCUUAUCUCACAAAAUGGUCUAGACACAGAAAAUAAUCUUAAGGUCACUAGUACCUUAGAAAUGGAAGGAGCGACCGCAGUGGAAAACAAACCUCUAAAAGAGUUAACAGAUCAAGAGAAGACUCUCAACCUUGGUAAUAGUGAUGGAAAAGAGACAGUUGCUAUGAGUACAAUUACAACUACCGAAAAUCAGGAAGUCGGUCAGCACCAAACAAGCAACAAGGCAGAUCAUAGUUCUUCGGAGAGUUUUAAGAAACUGCAAGAAAAUGAUGUCAAACAAGAUCCAUCUAAGACGGGGAAUAAUCUUGGAGUUGAUCACAAAGAGCAGGAAACAACACCAGAUGAUGAACCGGAUUGGCGGAAAAUGUUUCUGGAUGGAAUGCAGGAUAGAGAAAAAGCACUUCUAACCGAGUACACUAAUACUCUUCGGAAUUACAAAGAUGUUAAGAAGAGGCUCGCCGAAAUAGAGGACAAAAAUCAAGACAAAACCUUGGAUUCUUGUUUGCAAUUGCAGUUAAAUGAACUGAAGACGUCUAAUUACUUGAAAGAUCAAGAGAUAAGAAUUUUACAUCAGAAACUUAGUCUUUUGCAGAUAACCAUGGAAGGAAAUGAGGACUUGGCUAACUCAAUUUCAGUUCCACCGCAAGAAGAACAUGACAUUCAGCAACUACUAAAAAUUGAUCAACCUGCAUCUCCAUCAGCUAUUGAAGAGAAGUUCCGGUCCAAUAUGGAUGAAAUUCUAGAGGAGAACUUGACUUUCUGGUUAAAAUUUAGUACAACUUAUGCUGAGAUACAGAGAUUUGAAACCACUAUCAAGGAUUUGCAAACCGAGGUAUCAAAACUCGAGGAAAACGGAAAGUCUUCUGAAGGUAGUGCAGGCAUAAAGCAUUCUCUAAAAUCAGAUGCAAGGCCGAUAUACAAACACCUGACAGAGAUUCAAUCUGAAAUAACAGUCUGGGUGGAGAAAAGUGCCCUGAUGAAAGAAGAACUGCAACGUAGAUUGUCAUCUUUGUGUCUCAUCCAAGAGGAGAUAACAAAUGCAUUGAAAGCCAGUGCUGAAGAUGAUGACUUUAGGUUCACAAGCUAUCAAGCAGCCAAGUUCCAAGGUGAGGUUUUGAACAUGAAACAGGAAAACAAUAAAGUUGCUGAUGAACUUCAAGCAGGUCUAGAUAUUGCAACAUCUCUUCAACUUGAAAUUGAAAAGGCACUUAUAAAGUUGAAUGAGCAAUAUGAGUUGUCAACUUCAAAGCGACAAGAAAGUGGAGACCUAAGACAGUCAGAAACUAAAGCCAGGGUUCCUCUCAGGACAUUUAUCUUUGGUGUGAAACCAAAGAAACAAUCCAUAUUCUCCUAUAUGACCCCUCGAAUGCAUAGGAAGUUCAACUCUGCCUCUGCCAGGGAUCAGAGUCGUUUGUAGAAUAUUUUCUUAGUUUCAUAUUUUGUCUCUUUGAUCAUUCAUCUCUUUUUGAAAAUUCUUUUUAUAGUUUCAUUAGGUAGUGGAUUGAGAGUGUGUUUUGACCCUAAAGGAAGAGAUUCAUUUUUUUUUUUUUCAUUUUUAUUACUUGUACAUAAGCAGGAAGUAUGACAAAAUGUAGUGUUUGGUUUACUUGUGUUUUGAGCUAUUCUUUUCAACAUAUAUCAAUGAUCCCGUUUUCUGUCUA